UUGCACUCAUUACUCAGUGUUGUUAUCGAAAAAGUGAAGGAUGUGAGGCUGAAGCUGCUAACCUUCAUACUGUAUUCAUAGACCUAGUUAGUUCAUCAUCAAAAAUUAAGGGUAAAAAGAAAUCCAUCCCGAAAGUGCUACUGUCGAUUGGAAAGAUUCUAUUCAAAUUGGUAAAAUUGUGCAACAAUUGAGACCGGCCGACACCACAUAUUAACACUACCAGCUCCAAAUGCAAAGCACAUUCAUUACAAAGUGUGAUUUUUCUCAAAAAUGUAAAGCUGAAGAUCUACCAAGAAAUGAAAAUUGCAAUUCAGACGAAAAAUAUUUGUUCUGCAAAAGUGAUGAAAAAUAAUGUUUGUAAUAUGAAUAAUAGUUUGUUUACAGCUUUCGGAGGUGCAAAUUAGCCUACUGUUGCGUGAACACGAAAUUUUUUGUACAUGUGAAUAAGAAAAUAUUUGAAGCAAUUGAAUUUACGCACCGGAAUAAUCGACUUAUUCAUAAAGGAAAAUCUUUGUGACUACAGAUUGAAAAGUAUAAUUUGAAACGUAUUGCCAAAAAUACCCUAUAUUGGCCUUGGACCAAUACUUCAUAAUUGUGCUGGAAUCAGCCAAAGCUACCCCUCAACCCAGCAUUUGUGACAAACUGUAGGAUGAACACAUCGAUUGAUAGAAGGACGGUGCGAGUAGAAUAUUGAAAAGUAAACCGUAAGCAGACAGACAGUGUUUAUGUGGCGACUACUAGUUCAAGGUUUAUUGUUGGAGCGCUGAAAACAUACUCCUGAGGCUGGAAUAUUUUUAACCAUGUGAGAUUAGAGUAAUCAUUCCAGCGCAGCACAAAUUGAAAUUGAAAAGGAUUGACGGAUACUAUAUAUUGGAACGCCUAUCAGCGAAGGGAGCAAAUAUGUCCUUUUAGAGCACUUUUUCCCUAUAUUCGCUAAAACGCACAAGUACAACCUUAUUGAUUCGUUGUUCAGCGAAUUGUUGAGCAAAACAGUACUGAAAGCAAACAACAACUCCUGCAACUUAGAAAAAAUCCAGUCAUCAUGGGAAAUUCAUCGAGUUCAAAAUUAGCAGAAAAAUGUCCGAUGCUGGAAAAGAGCGAGUUACCCCUGGUGGCCACAUCUUUCCGUCUAGCGAGCAAAAAUUCAGACAAAUGCAAGGAAGAAGAUCUUAUGAAAUUUUGGGGCUCACAGAUGGACCCACGUUUGGCACAAUACAUCACCAACUUUCUCUUUGGACCGUUAGGGUCUCGAGCCAGCUUUGUCGAGUUGCCCCGAUUUGCGGAGCUCUAUGUUUAUACCGUACGUGGAACCAAGGAUGAGCGUAUCAAUGUGCUGCUCAGCAGUCUCGGGCAGGCUCCUGAAUCUGAAUCACCGGAAAUAGCGUACCCGUUAAUCAAAGAGUACGUGGAAGCUGUCGUGAGUAGCUACAUGCGGGCGAUAAGACUCGAAGGUGGGCCGGAGUUUAAAUCAUGGGAAUCUCGUGGAUUCCGCAUUGUGAAAGAAUGUAUUCAAAAGCUAGCCGAAGGCCUGGUUUAUGAUGUAGUACAACAGGGUACACAGAAAGUAACACGUGCGGAUGCCGAGCGAUGGCUCAGCAAAAAUCCCAUCUUUCUCCGAAUGUUGGAGCACGUGUUUUCCCAUUUGUUCAAUUAUCGGAAUCUGAAAAAUACUUCCGACGAAAGACGUAAGGAUGAUUCGGACGAAAGCCGAUCCCGGCGGAAGGAAAACAUUCCGCAACCGGAUGUGGUGCUACAUACGAUGCUUCCACUGUGCGAGGGCCUGCAGUACAUGCCAGACUAUCCGGCCUUUACCGAUCUGUCUCAAAUGUUGUUUGUGAAUGCUAAUCUGCCAGCCAUGCUGCAGAAUAAAUGGCGCUUCCUGUUCUCAUCCCAGAUUCACGGAGAAAGCUUCUCCACGUUGUUAGGUCGAAUAAUCGAUCAAGGCCCAACAGUUGUGAUAGUGGAAGAUUCAAAUGGUUUCAUAUUCGGAGGCUACGCAACCGAUGCCUGGGCGUUGAGUCCCAACUUUUGUGGCAAUGACAACUCUUUUUUGUUCACCUUACGGCCCAAGAUGCGCUGUUUUCCGUCAACGGGGUAUAAUAAUCACUAUCAGUAUAUGAACUUGCAUCAGCAGACGAUGCCAAACGGAAUGGGCAUGGGCGGGCAAUUUGGCUACUGGGGCUUGUGGCUUGACUGUGAGUACGGCAUCGGAGAAUGUUCAGAAUCAUGCAGCACCUACAAAGGCUAUCUUCAGAUGAGUGCUACUAAAAAGUUUACCGUCCGAAACGUCGAAGUGUGGGGCGUCGGGGAAAAGCCCGUCAAGGAAGACGAUGAAUUGGAGCCAGAACAUUCGAAAACAUCUGUUCUGGAUGGGAAUGCUGAUAGCAAGGCAAUGCUGCGAAUGGGUGGCAGGGAGCAGUACUCCGACGGGUAUAGGGAUGAACCCAAAGAUUAAAAUUUGCGAACGAACGCCAGAGAUGAUGAACUUCAGUUGAAAAAGUUUGAUUCCCCGCAGAUCAACCAGGUUGAUUUGCUGGACGUGUUCAAUUUCAACUUCAUUUAGACAGUCUUGGGUAUCCUUUUUUGCUUCCAAAUUCAACUGUAAAAACUAUCUGGAGUGUACAAGAGGCAUGAGCUUUCAGUCUUGGUCAAUUAUAUUUGAAAGCAAAUAUUGUCGGAUGAGCUCGUAGCCGAAGAGAGGAGCAAAUUUCCCGGUAAAUUUGUAAUAUUUUAACCUUCCUUCUCUGGCGUUUGCUCUACACAGAUUUAUUUACGGUAGGGAAUUUAAAAAUGCGUAUACACUUGUGAAAACCACUGCAUUGGCUGUACUUAGAAAUGAAAACUAUAGAAAUAUCAUUGUUCAACUGGGGAAGAGUAAUAUACUUAUUAUGACCGUGAUUUGAAAUCAGAUUUUAGGUGUACCCCUAUUUAGGGACUUUGAAAGAAAAAAAAAUCUUAUCUAAUGUUUGUUUGUUAUUCAUAGGGCAGAAUGUAGAGAUUCUUAUGUCUCCAUUUGUAAAUAAGUAAUAUUAAAAUGAGGCUGAUGUAGUCCUUUGGCUGGAACCCAAAUCUCGAAGUUGAAAUCGUUUGGUAGCGCUUUAACUGCCUGAACCUUUUCAUGAGAAAGAUUGUUAUAGGUUGGGAUUAUUUUAGCUCUGUUGUGCCAUAUACAGAAUUUCAAUCGAAACGACAACACAUGAAGGAUCAUAAGCUUGUGUGGAAGCUUAAAAAUGUUCAAACAAUCAGGAGUCGAUAAAACUUAAGUGCAGUAUUGGUAGAGUUAGAUGGAACGUACUAAAAGUGAGUGUCAUAUAGAUGUCAUUGUGCUUUGUUCAAAGUGUAGACAAACGGAAAUCAAACAAAUGGAAUUUAAAUAAAAAGAACUUGGUAGAAAUAGUAAA